AUGUCUUCAAUUACAGUAGAUGAUGAUAAUUAUUGGCAUCCUAUAAAUUACUCAAUAAAUAAUAAAGAUAAAAAUAAUGAAACUAAGACUGAAUCAGUUAUUGAUAGACAUAGUGAGAAGCAUAAUAUUCAAAAUAAGUUGAUGAUUUCAAAGUCUAUCAAAUUAAAAGAAUUGAAAUUAAUUCCUCAACCUUUACCUGCAUUACAUCAUCAUAAUUUUGAUAUCUUCACCACAAGCAAUCCUAACUUUUCCGAUUUAAAAGAUUUAGAAUCACAAUAUCAAUAUUUAGAAUCAUUAGCUAUAAAAGUUGUAGAGAAUAUAUGUAUAGUAAUCAAACAUUCAUGGAAAUAUAAUAAAGAAUUACAUGGAGAAUAUGCUCAACAAUUUUUAGUAUUAUUUAAAUCGAUAUUUUCAAAUAUAAAGCCAAUAAGUUGUUCACCACAAAUCAAAUCGGUAUUAGUGAAAAUAUACGACGAUUUAUAUUUCAACAAAUUUAUACAAAAUCAAAUCAACGAUUUAUUCUUAGGAUUAGAUAAUUCAAAUUUAAGAUUAUUAAUAUUGGGGUUUUUAAUUGAAGAAUAUCAUUAUAUUCUACCUGAAUUUGAAUUUGUUUUGGGUAUAUGCAGUUUAGGUUUAGAACUAUUAAGAAUUAAAUUAUUUGAAGAUCAUCAUAAAAGAAUUGUUAAUUACGAUUAUUAUUCUAAUUACAAUUUAAAUUUGAAAGAUAAAUUUAAAAAUAAAGAUUGGAAACAACCUAUAAAAAUUGUUAGAUUUACAAAAAUUACGAACACUAAUAAGUAA